AUAAGUGCAUUUUACUUUCAGGUCACUUUUGAAGAAAGAGAAAGCAAUACAUUUUCAUGGAGAAAUGGAUUCAGAGCUCACGUGAUUUCAUUUUGUUAGGAUUAUUACCACAAAAUCACACAGGCCUACUGCUUUUGUUGCUCAUCAUCUCCAUAUUCUCUGUGGUCUUGCUUGACAACUCAGCAAUGAUCCACCUCAUUCGUGUGGAUCCCAAGCUCCACACCUCCAUGUACUUUCUGCUCAGUCAGCUCUCUCUCAUGGACCUGAUGCAUAUCUCUACCUCUGUUCCCGAGCUGGCAUUCAACUUCCUCUCUGGCCAGAAAAGCAUUACCUUACUGGGCUUUAGAGUGCAAUCCUUUUUCUUUCUGAACAUGUCAGGUUCUGAGGGCUUGUUCCUGGCCUCCAUGUUCUAUGACCAUUUCGUGGCCAUCUGCCACCCUCUUCAUUAUCCUAUUCCCAUGAGCAAAAUGAUGUGUCUGGAGACGAUUAUAAGAUCUUGGACACUGGGCUCCAUUAACUCCUUAUCACACACAGUCUAUCUCCUUCACGUUCCUUACUUCCAUUCUAGGUCCAUUAACCACUUAUUCUGGGAUGUCCCUGCCAUGUUGCCCCAGGCCUGUAUGGACACUUGGGUUUAUGAGUACAUGGUAUUUGUGAGUACAAGCCUUUUUUUUCUACUUCCUUUCCUUGGCAUCACAGCUUCCUGCGGAUGGGUCCUUUUUGCUGUUUUCCAUAUGCGCUCAAAAGAAGGAAAGAAAAAGGCCUUCACCACAUGUUCAACUCACGUAACUGUGGUGACAUUUUACUAUGCACCAUUUGUCUACACUUACCUUCAUCCCAGGAGUCUCCAUUCCCCCACAGAAGAUAAGAUUCUGGCUGUCUUCUACACUAUCCUCACCCCUGUGCUCAACCACAUCAUUUACACCCUGAGGAAUAUGGAGGACCUGGGGGCAAUGACAAGAGUCUCUGGGACAUUCUCUUUCACAAAAACUUUAUCAUUUCCUCUCUACUCAUAUUUCAGUCCCUGGAGAAUGACAGACAGCAGUAACAACAGCUGUAAACACAUGCAGCAGAAGCAGGUGCAGCAGAGGUUGGAGCCUCUGGAGAGGAAGCAGAAGCAUGAGAAGCAGAAACAGCAGAAGCAAGGGCAACAGCAACAGAUGUGGAAGUGGAAACAGAGUCAGAAGCAACAGUUGAAGUGUUUCUGUGACCAGAGUUCUCCAGUGUGA